UCACUCUCGUGCAAUCACCCUUGCACGAACCCCACGCCAGCGAAGCAUAGCUCUCGUCCUCCGCUGCCCAUCACGGCUCGCCUUCGAGUCUCGGAUCCGUUACCCCUCACUACUCUCGAUCUCAGCUCGCCCAACAUCGGCCAACAAUAGCAGGGCUUUGCCGUGCUGACAACACCUUCAGAGCCAUGGCGCAGAAUCGCCCCGCCGCCUUCAACACUCUCAGAAUGGGAGAGGUUAUUCGCGAGAAGGUCCAGGACGGGAUCACUGGAGAAACGAGAGAUCUCCAGUACACGCAAUGCAAGAUUGUCGGCAACGGCUCUUUUGGUGUCGUCUUCCAGACCAAGCUCUCGCCCUCAGGAGAAGAUGCGGCUAUCAAGCGUGUCCUCCAGGACAAGAGGUUCAAGAACCGAGAACUUCAAAUUAUGCGGAUUGUCCGGCAUCCCAACAUCGUACAGUUGAAGGCCUUUUAUUAUUCCAACGGAGAACGCAAAGAUGAGGUAUAUCUCAACCUUGUCCAGGAAUUCGUGCCCGAGACCGUUUAUCGUGCGUCCCGCUUCUUCAACAAGAUGAAGACGACAAUGCCCAUUCUCGAGGUCAAGCUUUACAUCUACCAGCUCUUCCGCGCUCUCGCCUACAUCCAUUCUCAAGGCAUCUGCCAUCGUGAUAUCAAGCCUCAAAACCUUCUUCUUGACCCUACUUCAGGCAUCUUGAAGCUUUGCGACUUCGGUAGCGCUAAGAUCUUGGUCGAGAACGAGCCAAAUGUGUCGUAUAUCUGUUCUCGAUACUACCGUGCACCAGAACUGAUUUUUGGUGCCACAAACUACACUACCAAGAUUGAUGUAUGGUCCACCGGCUGUGUCAUGGCAGAAUUGAUGCUCGGUCAACCUCUCUUCCCUGGAGAAUCAGGCAUUGAUCAAUUAGUCGAGAUCAUCAAGGUCCUGGGCACGCCAACACGAGAGCAGAUUCGCACCAUGAAUCCCAACUACAUGGAACAUAAAUUCCCACAGAUCAAGCCGCACCCUUUCGCUAAGGUCUUUAGGAAGGCAGAUGCGAAUGCCAUCGACUUGAUCGCACGCCUUCUUGAGUACACCCCUACCGAGAGACAAGCAGCAGUGGAAGCCAUGGUUCAUCCCUUCUUCGACGAGCUUAGAGACCCGAGCACGAGGCUGCCCGAUUCUCGACACCAGAGCGGCGAAAUUCGGGAUCUACCACCUCUUUUCGACUUCACUCGCCAUGAAUUGUCAAUUGCCCCGAACCUGAACCACCAGUUGGUGCCCGCGCACAUCAAGCCCGUACUCCUAGGAAGGGGAUUGGACAUUGACAACUUUACUCCAAUUCCAAAGGCCGACAUGAUGGCCAAAUUGGACUGAGCUAGCCGAGGACUUGUCCAGGAACUCAGCGCACUUGUGGAUCGUUCCCGACUUAUCUCGGCUGCAAGCCUAUCGUUCGAC